CAGAGGUACGUGGAGUUGCCGUAUUUACACGUCGUACACGUCAAAAAAAGAAAAGAAAAUUGGAAAAUCGCAGAAAAUUCGCAGGAAAUUGGACGAAAUCGGGCAAUUAGGAUGUACAAACAAUGCAUUUUCAUCUUGUUGUAUCUGCUGUUGUACGUGCAUGGCGACGAGCAUAAUCACAAGUACGAGCAACACGAGGAAGUGGUGCUGUGGAUGAACACCGUCGGUCCGUACGACAAUCGGCAGGAGACUUAUGCGUACUUUUCGCUCCCCUUUUGUGUGGGGACCAAACAGGGCAUCUCCCAUUACCACGAAACGCUGACGGAGCAAUUGCAGGGCGUCGAGCUGGAGUUUAGCGGUUAUGACAUCCAAUUUCGGGACGAUACGCCGCAAACGGAGGUCUGCAUGGUCGAGUUGAACGAGGAAAAGUUGAAGGCGUUCGUGUAUGCGGUGAAAAAUCAGUAUUGGUAUCAAAUGUACAUUGAUGACCUGCCGAUUUGGGGUGUCGUGGGCAAGGAAGAGGACAAAAAAUACUACAUUUACACGCAUAAGAAGCUGGAUAUCGGCUACAAUGGCAACCAGAUUGUCGAUGUGACACUUACGUCGGAGCACAAGGAGCAACUUACCUUGGGAGCCAAAAUUAAAUUCACGUAUGAAGUUAAUUGGCGUGCCAGUGACGUCAAAUUCAAGAAUCGCUUCGACAAGUAUCUCGAUCCGAACUUUUUCCAGCAUCGCAUUCACUGGUUCAGCAUUUUCAACAGUUUCAUGAUGGUUAUUUUCCUCGUGGGACUCGUUUCGAUGAUUUUGAUCCGGACUUUGCGCAAAGAUUACGCGCGUUACAGCAAAGACGAGGAAAUGGACGACUUGGAACGUGACCUCGGCAACGAAUAUGGGUGGAAACAAGUGCAUGGAGACGUUUUUCGACCAGCUGCCUACAAUACAAUGUUCUCGUCGUUGAUCGGAACGGGCUAUCAAUUGACUCUGGUCGUUUUAUGUGUGACAAUUUUCGCAAUUAUGGGAGAACUCUACACGGAACGUGGCUCAAUGUUGUCCACAGCGAUUUUUGUGUAUGCCGCAACUGCCCCCGUCAACGGAUACUUUGGUGGCUCGUUGUAUGCACGCAUGGGAGGCAAACGAUGGAUCCGCCAGAUGCUGAUUUCAGCCUUUUUGGUACCAUCGCUCGUCUGUGGCACGGCAUUUUUAGUCAAUUUUAUCGCAAUUUACUAUCAUGCUUCGCGCGCCAUUCCAUUUAGCACGAUGCUCGUCGUCACGAGUAUCUGUAUUUUUGUCAUUCUGCCGCUGACGUUGGUGGGAAGCGUUGUCGGGCGAAAUCUCGAUGGCCAGCCUGACUAUCCGUGUCGCGUGAAUGCCGUACCGCGACCCAUUCCGGAGAAAAAGUGGUUCAUGGAGCCGAUUAUUAUCAUUCUUUUGGGCGGAGUGUUGCCGUUUGGAUCUAUUUUUAUCGAAAUGUACUUUAUCUUCACAUCAUUCUGGGCCUACAAAAUUUACUACGUUUAUGGAUUCAUGUUGCUCGUGUUCGUGAUCCUCAUUGUCGUAACAGUUUCCGUGACAAUUGUGUGCAUUUAUUUCCUGCUAAAUUCCGAGGAUUAUCGUUGGCAAUGGACAUCGUUCCUCGCCGCUGGGUCGACUUCAAUUUACGUCUAUCUCUAUUCGUUUUACUAUUUCUUCUUUAAGACGAAGAUGUACGGUCUCUUUCAGACGGCCUUCUAUUUCGGAUACAUGGCGCUAUUUAGUUUGGCUCUCGGCAUCAUCUGCGGCACAGUUGGGUACAUCGGCACCACCGUCUUUGUCCGUAAAAUUUAUUCAAAUGUCAAAAUAGAUUAAGUUUCUUAAGAACGUGAUUCAAAAAACAAAAAAAAAGGACUAAAGGACACAAAAUAUAAAGUGAAUUUUAUUACACACUGUAUGUAUUUCCUACUAAGAAAAAAUUACUGUAACUAUGAUAAAAAUAAUAUUAAUUAUAAUGAAAAAUAAGGAAAAAUCUAAGUAAUAAACUACCAUGAUUUUAGAAUUAAUUGAUAGAAUGACGUU